GAUUUCCAACCAAGAACUACCUCAGCGUCGUGUCGUACUACUCAACAAGAAAUCCUGCGAAUUUUGCAGCUUGUGCAGCAUACGGUUAUUCCCGAAGCCGUGAUUUUGUUAUUUAAACUGCGUGCAGUUAAACCAUUUAGCUGAGUUAGUUUAUGAAAGUUAACAGUUGUUAAGUCUCACGUUACAUAAAUGAGGAAUUUGGAGGGUAAGGGAAAGACCGAAUUCAUGGCUGACUGUCAAUGGCGCUGCAAAGAUGAAGAUUCUGGGCUUAGCUGUGGAAACUGCCAGUCUUGUGUGCUUUCUUCAAAAGUCCUGCAGACAAUUUACUGGUUUUCAAAAAUAGGGGAAUUAACCAAAAGGAAGUUUCUCUCUGGUGUUCUUGCUCGCUGUGAAAACUCUGGCAUACUUGAAAACAUCAGCAAUGUCUUGGAAGUAACCAUGGGGAAGGACUUUACUUACGCACGGUCCCGAUUAAAACCAGGUCUCUCUGGAGACGCAUCCCACUGCAGUUCAAAUCGAGCUCUGGACCCCAAGAUACUGAAAGAUGACAUCAGACAGACAUGGGACUGGUUCAGUCACAGCUCGAACUGGACCAAGUCGAACUACCUCAUGGAAAUGUUGUCUCUAUGCGACACAGAACUUCUCCACAUCCUUGGAAACCUGGUUCAUGUUCUGCUAGUUAGAGAAAAAAGAAACCCCCACACUUUUAGAUCAGCUUUGGGUGGCACUACAGAGGAUGAGAUCGCCUCGAUACCAGAAUCACAUUAUUCAUUCAGCUCAGAUGGGAAUCCGGAUCUGGAGCUGCUUAUUUGUGCCAGCUCAGUGUAUGGGGCUGUGGACCUCCCAUUCCGGUGCCAGGCCGAUGAUGUAAUGGAGAGUACUGUGGACACAGGCUGUGGCUCUCUCACCACAGUGAGUGAUGGUGGACAUAAGGAGACCAGCUAUGCCGGCUAUGGGAGCGCGACGUCUGGACGUGACGAGAGAGAUGCUAGCGAUACAGACUCUGCCUACUCAGACGACCCUGCCCUCACGGUCGUGCCAAAGUCCUCUCGGUCCUUCUCUGGAGUCGGCCGCCACCGCGACUUCAUCCGUCAGCUUCCUGUUCACAUCACCAAGAGGAUUCUGGGCCUUCUGGAUAGCACCUCCCUCCUCAGCUGUCUGAAUGUGUCCCAGCACUGGCAAUACCUGGCUUUAGAGGUUCAGCACGAAGGCCGUGUGAAAAGGCUGCUGGAGAAUAAGGCCAUGUCCCUGCAGGGGAAACCCAAGGUCGUCAAUCCUGCCUUUGCCAGGUUCCAGGAUGUGCUGGUUGCCGCUAGAGACGAUGAGAAGUUCAUGUACCUGUCCUCACGAAGUAGGAAGGACGGGGCGUUUGAGUCCGCCUACACUGGGGUCAUUACCAAAACCGUGACAAUGGAGGAGCGCAAUGUCUUCUGUGGAGUGUACAACAUCCUUCUGAUGCACAACAGGGAGGACCCGUCGCGGGUGGCCCACUACAGUGGCGGGCAGCUGGUGGUCACGGGGUCCAAGGACCGCGUGGUGCGGCUGGUGGAUGUGGUGGCGCAGAGGGAGGUGCCACCGGCCAUGCAUGGCCACGCCGGGAGCAUCCGAGCCGUGCUGCUUUGUGAGGACCGCGGCCUCGUCUUCAGCGCAGGAUAUGACCUCAGCAUCAGGUGCUGGAAUCUGAAGACGGGCGCUUGCACCGCGCUCUUCAGGGGCCACACGGGCACCAUCAACUGCCUGGACCUGCAUGGCGACAGACUGGCGUCUGGAUCCAAGGACGGCAGGGUCAAAGUGUGGAACUUAUCGGGCAAGUGUGAGGAGUCGCUGAGGUUUAAACACAACCAGCCUGUCCUGUGUGUGAAGGUGGACAAGUCCUACGUUCUGAGCAGCUGUGCCGAAGGCCUGGUCAAGAUGUGGAGUCUGGAGACGGCCUCCAUCCUCAAGGUGAUAGAGGCCCAUAAGGGGCCAGUGGGGUGUCUCUACAUGAACGAGUGGCACAUCCUGACCGGUGGCACAGAUGGGGAGGUCAUGGCCUGGAGCGUCAACCCCGACUUCAAGAAGUGUCUCAUGACCUACCGCCACCCGAUGGAGGUUUUGUCACUGACGUGUCAGUACCUGCGGGCGAUCACCGGCUGUCGGGAUGGAAAGAUCCGGAUCUUUAACUUUGUCACAGGAGACUGCCUCAAAGUGAUCAGGGCCUGUGGUCACAACACUCCAGUCCACUCCAUACAUGUGGCCGGAAACAACAUGGUGGUGGACACGGAUGCCGGGAUAUUCCUUCUCCAGUUCGCCAAGGUGCGCUGGGACUACAUGUCGUCGUCCGAGUGCGAGGCGCAGGAGGAGCCUAGCGUUUUUGCCGAGGAGACCGAGGCCGACCUCCGCAAGCACAGCGACACUUAUGUGAGGGCCAGGCGCAUGGCGGUCAUCGGAUCGUCCAGUCACAAGCUCUUCCCGCUCGCUGACCAGGGCAACGAGGCCUUCUCACACCACGCACGCAGUCUGUCCGCACUGAGUAUGACACACGCCAGGGAGGUCCAGCAGGAGUGGAUGAGGCUGUUUGCAUGGACCCCCCGGCAGCCUUACAGGCACAACCGUGCCUACAUCGACCUGCAGCAGCCCGAGUUCAUGCCCAAGGGCCCGUCUGCCCUGUCCUCUUCCAGCGGACACGGCCACAACGCCAGUCAUGCGCCCAGCACUGCCACCAGUGACCUGGGUCGAGAGCAGAGUUUGACGAGUUCGGAGCUGAGCCGCAGCGAGAAAGCUCUGCUGCACCGUGUCCAGACCCGCGGUCUGCACCAGCCCGUGACGCCCGAGCGCAUGCUGCUGACCCUGGGCUCCUCCUCACAGCUGUGCCCCCUGGCCGAGCCGCUCCGCGCCAACCUGGAGUGCAAUGCCCGCGUUCGUGACGCCUGGGGCUCCAAGCCGCCGCCAUCGCCCCCCAAAGAUGACCUCUGCCGCCGCCCCGACACCACUCCCCCCCCACCGACCGCGGCCUCUCCGUCAACGCACAUGCACAAGGCCCCUUCUCCGCCGCUCCUGGUGGAGGGACGCCUGCAGCCUAACACCCCGAGGCUGCCACAGCAGUCUCUCUACAAGCACACCAACGUCAUCUACACACCUCUGAUGCACCUGGCCUCGGAACCGGACCCAAACCCAAACCCAAACCCAGUCCCGAGCUGGGGAACGAGGUGCCAACAAGCACGGAGCAAGCAGGUGCGUUCCUGUGUGACCUCACCCGUAAGGGCUAGCUCAGAGUUCAGAGGUCGAAGCCCCACACCUCAGCAGCAUCAGCGCAAGAGACCCCAGACCGCUGGAACUGGAGGAGCCGCCUCUCGCAAGGUGAUGACCCCCAGUAUUCCUCUAGCCCAGGGUGACCCCCCUCACCCCCACCCUCCUCCACCCCACCACAUGCCCCUGCGCACCCCCACCGCCCCCUCCUCCCGCUCCGGCAAGCGCCCUGGCCGGCACGUGGAGUUCAAGGCGCCCCUCGCUCGGCCCGGCGGUCACCACAACCCUCUCGCUCCGCCUGGCGGUCACCACAACCCUCUGGACCCGUUCCGCGAGCACGGCGGCUUCCAGCUGCGCACGGACACGCAGCUGGAGGCGUACGUGCGCCAGGAGACGCAGCGGGCGCGCCGGGAGAACGCCCGGGCCAGGGCCGAGGCCCAGAGGCUCCAUCCCGGCGGCCACGACCCGCGGCGGAGGAAGAUGACCGUGUGGAGGGUCAGGGUGAAGGGGCUUCCCCACGAAGACUUCACGAAGGAGGACCAGGUGUACGCACCAGAACUGGGGCCGGACGUUUACAUUUGAAGAGGAGGAAGAGGAGGGUUUGUGUGCUGCGCGGAGAGUGGGAUCAUGGGAAAUGAGAGGAGGAGAGGUGGUGAGACACCGAGAGAUACUGGAAUGUGUGUGAGAACACAUAGCCUUAGAGUUAUGCCUAUUGUGGCACACACACACAGACACACACAAGCACGCACACACACACAUACAGUACACACGCAUCCACACUCAGGCACAAACAAAACAUCUGUGUUCCAGUCCAGACCUCCAGCUCAACCAGCUCAAUCAAAGUCAAUUUCUUUUUAUAUCUUUGCUACUGUAAUCUGCACCAGAGUUUCAGGACAAAUGUUCCUUUAAUCUUUUAGUCUUGAGAUUUUCUUGAAAUACACUAACUAAUAAUUGUCUGCACAGCAAUUGACCGCAAUGAAUAAAGCAGUUUAUCACACAUU